CUCUCUCUCUCUCUCUCUUCUUUUCUCAUCCUUUUCAAUAGAAGUGCUUCUUAAAAGUGGUUCUUGAAAGUGUUUCCUAGAGUACCAAAGAAGCCAUGUUGAGGUCAAGGAAUCAAGUUCAGUUCACUCUUCUUCUGCUCUUCUUAUUAAGCAUGUCAUUUCUGGGACAUGAAGCCCUGGCAGGGAGAUAUCUACAAGCUGCAGACACACAGAAGAAUAAGCCUCAGAUUUGGGACAAAAGUACUUCUUCUUCAAGUAAAAACAAUACUGUAGAUGACGAUGAUUCAAGUUUUGUUGCUACCAUCAAUCGAGAAGUGCCCUCUUGCCCCGAUCCUCUGCACAACAGCAGGAAGAUCAUGAUCAAUGUUAGACGAUUCAAGUUCAUCAUAUACAUCAAGAUUUCAAGAAGUGAAUCUCGGUUUAUAUGUGAGAGUUCAUUAUAUUAAUGGAAAAAAAUACAAUAACAUGAGUCUUAUUAUUAUUAUUUUCUUAAUGCAUUUGUAUUUCA